AUGGCGCCGCGGUCAGGAGUCGAGGUGAAAGAGGAGGAAGGGGAGAGCCAGAAGAAGAUCUCGGUCUUGUUCGUGUGCCUGGGCAACAUCUGCCGCUCGACCAUGGGGGAGGGCGUGUUCCGGAGCCUGACGCUGUCCGAGGGGUCGCCUUACAAGCGCUUCGUGGGGAGGGUCGAUAGCUGUGGGACUGGCGGCUACCAUACAGGAGACGAGCCCGACUCGCGGACAAUGAGCACUCUCGAGGACCACGGCAUUACGGAUUACAGGCACGCAGCGCGGACGCUUCGCAGCCGCGACUUCAAGGACUUCGACUACAUCUUCUGCAUGGAUCACAGCAACCUCGAGGACGCGCAGCGGUGGGCCAACCGGCCUGCCUCGAAGGACGGCGCGAAGGCACAGGUUAUGCUAUUUGGCGAGUUCUCUGGCGUCCCCGGCAAGAAGGAGCGCGUGUCGGAUCCAUACUACGGUGGGCGGGAUGGGUUUGAGAAGGCGUACGAGCAGUGCAGGCGGUUUUCGAUCAACUUUUUGAAAGAGAAGCUCCCAAAUGUUCCUGGCGGAGAGGAGUUUCUGGCCAAUCUCUGA